AUGAAAGGUGGAGAAGGGCAGCGUGAAGCUAGAGCACAACAUGUCUGCGAGCUUGUCCACUGUCGGCUGUUGGUCAGAAAUAGGUGUUGCUGCCUUGGACCAUGGGAAGAGAACCACCAGCAGGGCGAGGAGCACGUCCACCCAGCUUGCAUCAUCCUUGAGCCCGAUGUCCUCAUGUCCUGCAGUCCGGAGGCUAACCUACCAUACCACUGCAGAGGAGGAGGUGACAAUGCUGGCAAUUUUUUGGAUGAAAAUUGGAACGGGAUAGGGGAGAGGAAGGUGCAGCGGAAAGAGAAAGAAACCGAGAGGCGCAGCAUCAUGGGUGCCGGAGGCAGGAUGGCGGAGAAGGAGCGGGAGAAGCAGGAACUGCUCGGCCGCACGGGCGCCGGCGCGGCCUUCCAGCGCUCACCGAUGGACAAGCCGCCGUUUACGCUGGGCCAGAUCAAGAUGGCAAUCCCGCCUCACUGCUUCCAGCGCUCCCUGGUCAAGUCCUCCUCCUACUUGGUCCAUGACCUCGUCAUCGUCGCGGCGCUCCUGUACGCCGCGCUGGUCUGGAUCCCAGCCCUCCCAGGCAUGCUUCAGCUGGGCGCCUGGCCGCUCUACUGGAUCGCGCAGGGCUGCAUCAUGUUCGGCGUCUGGGUGGAUAUCAUCGGCCUGGUGCUCCACUCAUGGCUGCUCGUCCCCUACUUCUCGUGGAAGCACAGCCACCGCCGCCACCACUCCAACACCGGGUCGCUGGAGCGCGACGAGGUGUUCGUCCCAAGGCCGAAAGAGGCGCUGCCGUGGUACACCCCCUAUAUCCACGACAACCCCGUCGUCCAUGUGGUGCUCAUCGUCGUGCAGCUCACCCUUGGGUGGUAUAUGUACCUGUCGCUCAACACCUGGCGCCGCCCGUACCCGCGCUUCGCCUGCCAUUUCGACCCCUACAGCCCGAUCUACAACGACCGGGAGCGCGCCCAGAUUUUCAUCUCAGACGUCGGCGUGCUGGCCGUGUCGUUCGCCAUGUUGAAGCUCGUGUCGACGUUCGGGUUCUGGUGGGUGGUGCGGGUCUACGGCGUGCCGCUGAUGAUCGUGAACGCGUGGCUGGUCCUGGUCACCUACCUGCACCACACCCAUCCGGCGCUGCCGCACUACGACUCGACGGAGUGGGACUGGCUGCGGGGGGCGCUCGCCACCAUGGACCGCGACUACGGCAUCCUCAACCGCGUGUUCCACAACAUCACGGACACGCACAUCUUGCACCACCUAUUCUCCAACAUACCGCACUACCACGCCAUGGAGGCCACCAAGGCGAUCAAGCCCAUCCUCGGCGAGUACUAUCAGUUAGACGCCACCCCCCUCGCUAAGGCCACAUGGCGCGAGGCCAAGGAGUGCCUGUACAUCGAGCGCGAGGACAGCAAGGGGAUCUUCUGGUACAGCAACAAGUUCUAG